AUGAACGAAUCGGAAAUCGCGGCCGCGGUGGCGGCGAUGGAGUUGGAGGACGAACUGCUCCAGCCUGAAUGGGCAUAUCUGGUACUUUCCAUUGUUCCUCUCGUCUGCAUCUUGGGUAAUCUUAUGGUUGUGGCUGCUGUUUGGACAACCAAAAGCCUGCAAACACCUACGAAUCACUUAUUGGUUUCCUUAGCAAUGGCUGAUUUAAUAGUUGGCGCAUUUGUAAUGCCUUUCAGUAUAUAUUUAUCAGUAAACCGUCUUCACUGGCACUUGCCACUAUUUGUCUGUUAUUUCUAUUGCGUCUUGGAUGUUGCAGCAAGCACUUCGUCUAUUAUUCAUCUCGUCUUGAUAAGUAUUGACAGAUUGGUCGCUGCCACAAAGCCUGCAGAGUACAAAACAGUAAAACAUAGGAAGAGGGUUUACUUGGCAAUUGCUAUUACAUGGAUAUUCAGUAUAGCUUUGUCUCUUCCAUUAGGAACAGGAUUCAACACUCGAACCAGCUAUUUUCUGGUUAUAGAGCAUCACUGUGGAAUCUACAAUCCAAUUUAUAUGUUAGGAAGUAGCAUUUUUGCAUUCUACCUGCCAUGUCUCAUAAUGAUAUUUACAUACGGUUAUAUAUUUUAUACACUUAGAAAACGUUUACGUGCUAUUCAACUUCAGGAAAUGGCUGGAGGUCAAUUUCUUGGAUUCGGAGCAGAUGUCUCCAACAUUACCACGUCAGCAAUUCAGUCGGUCAUUGGCAUUGCACCCAAGAAUAGAAACAUGAUCACUUGGGAAAAGCCUCUUCUCAAAAAAAUUGAAGAGACUGCAGCAGAACACGCGAGUUCAUUGAACGACAGUGAACGAGAGCAGCUGCAAACCAUCCUUGAAGCAGUUCAUCCAUCCUCUUCAGGAAGUCAGGAAAACACGACGAUCGAGGAAGACCCUGACCGACCUCCUUCUGUUCUGCUAGAGGCGGUCACUUUAAAAUGCGAGAUCGACACCAGCGGACCCAUUCUUGAACUGCCACGCCCUACGUACACAAAAAACAUGUCGCGGCGAUUCUCCGAUGCGGUCAAUUCAAUUUCGAGUCGCGGUAGAAUGAAGUCGGUGUCUUUUGGAACUUCACGAAAACGGCGACAUUCACAUCAGCCACAGGGAAAUCGGGAAGUCGUGACGUCCGAAGAGUCCAAGAAAUUGCACUCUUUGAAGCCGCCACUGGUUGAAAAGCGAAAGAUGAGACGUUUAUCCGAGAUGAUAUCUGAUUGGGAACGACCGUCAAGAAGUUCGAUCAGUAACAUGUAUCUUUAUGCGAGAAGAGAAAGCGUCUACAUUGCAAGGAAGAAGUUGGCCGGUCUGAAAGACUGGGCGCUGGACCUGUUAGCAAAACUGAAAUCCAAGCAGGGAAUGGCGAUUCGUCGAGAGACUCGUGCAACCAAGUUGGUUGCAACUGUAAUGGUGGUUUUUCUCGUCUGCUGGCUUCCGUUUUUCACAUUGAACAUGAUCAAAAUUUACAAAUUGAUAUUCAACGUUUGGUCAGCGGACCUCGAAAUUUGGUUCCAUUGGUUUACCGCACUGGGGUAUUUGAAUUCGUCACUCAACUUUUUCAUUUACUCAACAAUCAAUCCAAAAUUCCGUCAUUCAUUCCGCCGCUUACUUGGCUUCCGUCGAUCUUCUCGACGUCAGAGAGAAAAAUCGUGGAUGUUACCGCCACGAGAUAGCAGCAGAGGUCCUGCAAAAUGUGGAUGCGGUUUCCAUAAAAUCGUGAAAAGCCCUCUGCGCAAAACGAGCUCAGCUGGACCAAUGAACAACAGAAAAAUUUCCAUGCAAAAACCAGAAAUCGUCAUUGACGAAAUUUCACCGAAUCGAAUUUCAAUCUCCGCCGGAGGAAACACAACUUUUAGGCGAUCUUCGGAUGAUUGUAUUCGUAGAUCAUCUUCUGAAAUAAUCGGCGGUAUCACUCUUCCAUCUCAAAGUAGUAAUGAUAAACGAAGAGGAUCCGGUAUGUCAAAUAGUUCAGCAUCUCUCCAUAUCCAUGAAACGCGAAUGACGUUCGAAGCAAUGGUCAACGAUCAGGCUGAUUGCGAAAUUUUUGUUUAA